GAUCGCGGAGGUCGUCGCGGCGGCAGGAAGCGGUUCCGGGUCGCGGUUGGGAGCCAGCAUGGAGCCCGUUGGGCCUCUCUGAGGGAGAGCUGGGCCGUAGCGGGGCCGCGCCGCCGCCAUGUCGCUGGGCGAGUACGAGCGGCACUGCGACUCCAUCAGCUCUGACUUCGGCAGCGAGUCCUCGGGCAGAGGCGGCUCCCGCGGCGGCGGCGGCUUGCCCGGCGAGCAGGAGGAGCUGCAUUACAUCCCCAUCCGCACCCUGGGCCGCGGCGCCUUCGGCGAGGCCACCCUUUACCGCCGCACUGAGUCACAGAGGACAUGGGGGCAUCUCAUACAGGAUGACUCACUUGUAGUGUGGAAGGAGGUGGACCUGACGCGGCUGUCAGAAAAGGAGCGUCGCGAUGCCUUGAAUGAAAUCGUGAUCCUCGCACUGUUGCAGCAUGAGAACAUCAUCGCGUACUACAAUCACUUCAUGGAUAACACCACGCUGCUGAUUGAGCUGGAAUACUGUAAUGGAGGGAACCUCUAUGAUAAGAUUCUGCGGCAGAAAGACAAGUUAUUUGAAGAAGAGAUGGUUGUUUGGUAUCUCUUUCAAAUUGCGUCAGCUGUAAGCUGCAUUCAUCGAGCAGGAAUUCUUCACAGAGAUAUAAAGACAUUAAAUAUCUUUCUAACUAAGGCAAACCUGAUUAAAUUGGGAGACUAUGGGUUGGCGAAGAAGCUGAACUCUGAGUAUUCUAUGGCUGAGACUCUGGUGGGAACUCCAUAUUACAUGUCUCCAGAACUCUGCCAGGGUGUGAAAUACAACUUCAAAUCAGAUAUUUGGGCUGUGGGCUGUGUCAUCUUUGAGCUGCUUACUCUGAAGAGGACCUUUGAUGCUACUAAUCCCCUGAACCUUUGUGUGAAGAUUGUUCAGGGAAAUCGUGCCAUGGAGGUUGAUUCCACUGUCUACUCCUGGGAACUGAUCCAGAUGGUGAAUUCCUGCCUUGAUCAGGAUCCAGAGAAGAGACCCACUGCAGAUGAAUUGCUUGACCAACCCCUUCUCAGCAAACGCAGGAGGGAGAUGGAAGAGAAAGUCACACUGCUUAAUGGGCCAAAUAAGCGACCAAGGUCAAGUACCGUGAAUGAGGCUCCCAUUGCAGUCGUGACUUCACGCACUAGUGAGGUGUAUGUUUGGGGGGGUGGGAAGUCCACCCCCCAGAAGCUGGAUGCUAUCAAAAGUGGCUGCAGCGCACGCCAGGUGUGUGCUGGUAACACUCACUUUGCCGUGGUGACAGUGGAGAAGGAACUCUACACCUGGGUGAAUAUGCAGGGGGGCACCAAGUUGCACGGGCAGCUGGGACAUGGAGACAGAGCCUCCUACCGACAGCCAAAGCAUGUUGAGAAGCUCCAGGGAAAAGCUAUUCGGCAGGUGUCCUGUGGAGAUGAUUUCACAGUGUGCAUCACAGAUGAGGGCCAGGUGUAUGCCUUUGGCUCGGACUAUUAUGGCUGUGUCGGUGUUGACAAGGCUUAUGGCUCUGAAGUGCUUGAGCCUUUGCAGCUGGAUUUCUUUCUUACCAACCCCGUGGAGCAGGUCUCUUGUGGAGAUAACCACGUGGCAGUGCUGACCAGGAACAGAGAAGUCUACACGUGGGGCUGUGGCGAGUACGGGCGCUUGGGCUUGGAUUCAGAAGAAGAUCAUUACACCCCUCAGAAGGUGGAUGUGCCAAAGACCUUAAACAUUGUGUCCGUUCACUGUGGCUGUGAUGGAACUUUCCUGCUCACCCAGACAGGCAAAGUACUGGCAUGUGGACUCAAUGAGUUCAACAAACUGGGCCUGAAUCAGUGCACAUCAGGGAUAAUCAACCAUGAUACAUACUGUGAGGUGCCAUACGCCACAUCCCUUACUCUGGCCAAGCAGCUGUCCUUCUACAAGAUUCGUACCAUUUCUCCAGGGAAGACACACACAGCUUCCAUUGAUGAGCGAGGCCGCCUGCUGACCUUCGGCUCCAACAAGUGCGGACAGCUUGGUGUUGGGGACUAUAAGAAGCACCUGGGAAUUAACCUGCUGGGAGGCCCCCUGGGGGGUAAGCAGGUGAUCAGGGUUUCAUGUGGAGAUGAAUUCACCAUAGCUGCUACUGACGACAACCAUAUCUUUGCCUGGGGUAAUGGUGGGAAUGGACGUCUGGCAAUGACAUCAACCGAGAGAGCCCAUGGCUCAGAUAUUUGUACCUCAUGGCCUCGGCCAAUAUUUGGAUCAUUGCAUCACGUACCAGACCUGUCAUGCCGUGGCUGGCACACCAUCAUCAUUGUGGAAAAGGUGUUAAACUCGAAAACAAUCCGAUCCAACAGCAGCGGCCUGUCCAUUGGAACUGUGGCUCAGAGCUGCACAAGUGGAGGAGGAGAGGAAGAAGAUAAUGAACAGGAAGCGGGGACCCCCAAUCCCAGUGGAGGCUUUCGGGGAACCAUGGAAGCAGAUCGUGAGUUGGGGGGCUGGAUCAGCACCGCAGAAACUAAGGGAGGCAACAGUGCUGACAGCAGCUCCUGCCCUGGCUGGCUGCGGAAGGAGCUGGAGAACGCUGAAUUCAUCCCCAUGCCUGACAGCCCCUUUCCCUUGAGCAUGGUAUCUUCAGAGCCAGAGAAGGAGACUCUCCCAUACCAGAAACUUCAAGGACUCAAAGUGGCCGCUGAGGAACCCGCUGGAUUAAACGAGCCCCAAACGGAGCCCUGGCCGACUUGCCUGAGUCCAACCUUGCCGUGCGGCGAAGGGAAGGCUGCGCCUCCUGCUGCGGGCUGCAUGUGCAGUGCUCUGCAGGUGGAGGUGACGCACCUCCGAGCCCUGGUCUUACAGUGUCUGGAUGAGCAGAAGCAGCUGCAGCAGGAAACCGUUCGUCUGAGUGCCCAGCUCCAGCGGUUCUGCAGUGGGACAGAGGGAAUGCAGCAGGUGAAGGUUCAUUCCAGAGGAACGCAGACAGCCAAAGAGGAGAUGGAAGUGGAUCCAAAACCUGACUUGGAUUCAGAUUCCUGGUGUCUCCUGGGAACGGACUCGUGCCGCUCCAGCCUCUAGUCUCCUGAGCCCACUGGGAUUCAUCAAACUUCACAGCACACUAACCGAACGCAGAGAGCGGCUUUCCUGGCUUCAGGUCACUUGCAGACAAGGAGCGAGGCCGGAGGCUCCAGAGCAGCACCCAUGUACAUUUGAUAUGAACUAGGAGU